AUGGUCCUGUUGAACGAUGCGGGCAGGAAGGACAAGGAGGUCGGGUAUAAAAUCACCGCCAACCUAGACGUGCAAGCUGUAUGGGGCAUUGACUCUGAGUUCCUUUUAAAAUUUGAUUUACAUUCCCCAAAACUUCUUGCAAAAGGAAAAUCAGUUACUGCAGAUUACCUUCCAAUUAAGUCCUUUUGGGAUUCAUACCCCAACACUGAAUUCUUUGCAUACUGGAAAAAUGGACUUAUUGCAGAGGCAUAUUUGGACCCUGAAGAAUUAUCAGAUGUAUUGAAUUACAAAAAAUCCUUGAUUAGUUUGUUCCAGCUUCAAAUAAUAGAUGGAGGGCAUAAUGAAACUGACAUAUCAGGCAUAUGUGAUGUCACAUAUGAUUCUAUCUCAAUGCAAAUUAUCAGGAAGACUAAGAGACAGUGUCGAGCUGUCGGAGCUGUUGAUGGGAACAUAGAAGACGAAGUGGUUACAACUCGGCGUCUGACGCGCUACACGCUGAGCGAGAAGCUGGAUGGGCUGGAGGAAGUGCAUGCGGAGGAGGUGCACACGGCAGGCUUCCGGAGCAUGCAAACCGAGUUGAAGGCGCGCGCCUGGCUACGCCUGCGCCGCGCCGACGCGCCGCCCGCGCCAGCUCCGCGCCCCGCUCGCCCCUCCAUCGCCGCCGCACUCGCUGAGUUGCCAGCUAAACUCAAACCGUUGCCACUACCCAUGAUAAUUGCUAAUGCGCCUCUCGACGAGGAAGAGAAGUUGGAGAACGUGCUGGAGGAGGCCAUCCGCGGCGGCGCGGACGAGAAGGCGGGCGGCGGCGGCACGGCGCAGGCCGCAGCGGCCGGACUGCGGGCGCUGCGAGCACUGCGCAGCGCGCCCUCGCCUCGCCUGGCUGCUGCGCUGCGGGCGCAGCACCACGCCGAAGCUCUGUACGUAGCGCACUGCACGCAGCACCACGCCGACGCACUGCACGUAGCGCACUGCACGCAUCACCACGCCGACGCACUGCACGUACCGCACUGCACGCAGCACCACGCCGACGCACUGUACGUACCGCACUGCACGCAGCACCACGCCGACGCUCUGUACGUAGCGCACUGCACGCAGCACCACGCCGACACACUGCACGUACCGCAUUGCACACAGCACUACGCCGACGCACUGUACAUACUGCACUGCACGCAGCACCCUCCGACGCACUGUACGUACCGCACUGCACGCAGCAGCACGCCGACGCACUGUACGUACCGCACUGCACGCAGCAACACGCCGACUCACUGCACGCACCGCACUGCACGCAUCACCACGCCGACGCACUGCACGUACCGCACUGCACGCAGUACCACGCCGACGCACUCACCCUCCGACGCACUGUACGUACCGCACUGCACGCAGCACCACGCCGACGCACUGUACGUACCGCACUGCACGCAGCACCACGCCGACGCACUGCACGUACCGCAUUGCACACAGCACAACGCCGACGCACUGUACGUACCGCACUGCACGCAGCAACACGCCGACUCACUGCACGCACCGCACUGCACGCAUCACCACGCCGACGCACUGGACGUCCCGCCCUGCCCGCAGAACCCCGCCGACGCACUGUACGUACCGCACUGCACGCAGCACCACGCCGACGCUCUGUACGUAGCGCACUGCACGCAGCACCACGCCGACGCACUGCACGUAACGCAUUGCACACAGCACCACGCCGACGCACUGUACAUACUGCACUGCACGCAGCACCCUCCGACGCACUGUACGUACCGCACUGCACGCAGCACCACGCCGACGCACUGUACGUACCGCACUGCACGCAGCACCACGCCGACGCACUGUACGUACCGCACUGCACGCAGCACCACGCCGACGCACUGUACGUACCGCACUGCACGCAGCACCACGCCGACGCACUGCACGUACCGCAUUGCACACAACACCACGCCGACGCACUGUACAUACCGCACUGCACGCAGCAUCACGCCGAUGUACUAUAGUGCAGAGUUUACACGUCCUCCUGCAUUCCGAAUGGUCCACAGAGUGGCGCUGUGCCGGCUGCUGGGCGCGUCGGGCGCUGCGGGUGCGCACGAGGCGGCGGCGCUCGAGCUGUCGCUGAACGCGCACGAGCACGAGCAUGAACAAGAGCACGAGCAUGAUCACGAGCACGUGCACGCACACGCUCGCCACUACCUGAGCGCGUUGGCGUUGGCACAUCAGCCCGAUGAGGCAGUGGUGGAGGCGGUGGCGCGCGCGGGCGUGGCGGAGCGGGCGCGCGCGCUGCGCGAGGCGGCGCUGAUGGCCGCCGCCGCCGCCGCCGCGGCCUCCGCAGCGUCCGCGCCGCGCCUCGGCGACGCACUCCGCGACACGCUCGCACGCGCGCUCGCACGCUGCAAGGAGGACGAGUGCCGCGGCGUGGCGCUGCGCGCGCUGGGCAACCUGCGGCGCGCCGACACGGCCGAGCUGCUGCUGCAGCACGCGGAGGGUCGCGGUGACCGCGACGUGGCGCUGAGCGCGCUGCAGGCGCUGGCCGCGUUGCCGCCGGCUGCGCUGGGCCCGGCGCGCCAGCGCCGGCUGGCGGCGCUGGCAACGCGAGCCGGCCCGCUGCCGCGCGCGCGCCAGUUGGCCGCCGAGCACCGCGCGCUAGACGACGUGCUGCACAUGCUCGCGCCAGAACUGCGCGGCUGGGACGCGCUUGCGCAGCCAGGUACCUCUUCGGUGCUGGUGCGGUCGCUGGGGCGCAUGGGUCCGAGCAGCGCGCGGCUCGAGUCGCUGCAGCUUGCGCGCGGCGGCCUGCUGCAGCGCGGCAGCGUGCGCCUGCUGCUGGACGACUUGCCCGCGCCCGCGCCGCUGCUUGCCAUUGAAAUGUGGACCACGGGGCUUGAUUCGCUGGCGGGCGGUGAGGUGCCGGUAGACGAGCGGGACGAAGAGGAGCAGGGAGGUGAUGCGGAGGACAUGGCCGCCGGGCUGGCGCUCACCGUGGCCGUAAGUUUUAAAAUUGGAAAAUUAGAAAUUCAACAAAAUAGAAUUGACUGUGGUGUGCCGCUUCGCAUCGUUCCUUGUAUUGACUGUGGUGUGCCGCAUCGCUUCGGUCCUUGUAUUGACUGUGGUGUGCCGCAUCGCAUCGGUCCUUGUAUUGACUGUGGUGUGCCGCAUCGCAUCGUUCCUUGUAUUGACUGUGGUGUGCCGCAUCGCAUCGUUCCUUGUAUUGACUGUGGUGUGCCGCAUCGCUUUGGUCCUUGUAUUGACUGUGGUGUGCCGCAUCGCAUCGGUCCUUGUAUUGACUGUGGUGUGCCGCAUCGCAUCGUUCCUUGUAUUGACUGUGGUGUGCCGCAUCGCUUCGGUCCUUGUAUUGACUGUGGUGUGCCGCAUCGCAUCGUUCCUUGUAUUGACUGUGGUGUGCCGCAUCGCAUCGUUCCUUGUAUUGACUGUGGUGUGCCGCAUCGCUUUGGUCCUUGUAUUGACUGUGGUGUGCCGCAUCGCAUCGGUCCUUGUAUUGACUGUGGUGUGCCGCAUCGCAUCGGUCCUUGUAUUGACUGUGGUGUGCCGCAUCGCAUCGUUCCUUGUAUUGACUGUGGUGUGCCGCAUCGCAUCGUUCCUUGUAUUGACUGUGGUGUGCCGCAUCGCUUCGGUCCUUGUAUUGACUGUGGUGUGCCGCAUCGCAUCGGUCCUUGUAUUGACUGUGGUGUGCCGCAUUGCAUCGGUCCUUGUAUUGACUGUGGUGUGCCGCAUCGCAUCGUUCCUUGUAUUGAGUGUGGUGUGCCGCAUCGCAUCGGUCCUUGUAUUGACUGUGGUGUGCCGCAUCGCAUCGUUCCUUGUAUUGACUGUGGUGUGCCGCAUCGCAUCGUUCCUUGUAUUGACUGUGGUGUGCCGCAUCGCAUCGGUCCUUGUAUUGACUGUGGUGUGCCGCAUCGCAUCGUUCCUUGUAUUGACUGUGGUGUGCCGCAUCGCAUCGUUCCUUGUAUUGACUGUGGUGUGCCGCAUCGCAUCGUUCCUUGUAUUGACUGUGGUGUGCCGCAUCGAAUCGGUCCUUGUAUUGACUGUGGUGUGCCGCAUCGCAUCGGUCCUUGUAUUGACUGUGGUGUGCCGCAUCGCAUCGUUCCUUGUAUUGACUGUGGUGUGCCGCAUCGCUUCGGUCCUUGUAUUGACUGUGGUGUGCCGCAUCGCAUCGUUCCUUGUAUUGACUGUGGUGUGCCGCAUCGCUUCGGUCCUUGUAUUGACUGUGGUGUGCCGCAUCGCAUCGGUCCUUGUAUUGACUGUGGUGUGCCGCAUCGCAUCGUUCCUUGUAUUGACUGUGGUGUGCCGCAUCGCAUCGUUCCUUGUAUUGACUGUGGUGUGCCGCAUCGCAUCGUUCCUUGUAUUGACUGUGGUGUGCCGCAUCGCUUCGGUCCUUGUAUUGACUGUGGUGUGCCGCAUCGCAUCGGUCCUUGUAUUGACUGUGGUGUGCCGCAUCGCAUCGUUCCUUGUAUUGACUGUGGUGUGCCGCAUCGCAUCGUUCCUUGUAUUGACUGUGGUGUGCCGCAUCGCUUCGGUCCUUGUAUUGACCUUGGUGUGCCGCAUCGCAUCGUUCCUUGUAUUGACUGUGGUGUGCCGCAUCGCAUCGUUCCUUGUAUUGACUGUGGUGUGCCGCAUCGCAUCGUUCCUUGUAUUGACUGUGGUGUGCCGCAUCGCUUCGGUCCUUGUAUUGACUGUGGUGUGCCGCAUCGCAUCGGUCCUUGUAUUGACUGUGGUGUGCCGCAUUGCAUCGGUCCUUGUAUUGACUGUGGUGUGCCGCAUCGCAUCGUUCCUUGUAUUGACUGUGGUGUGCCGCAUCGCAUCGGUCCUUGUAUUGACUGUGGUGUGCCGCAUCGCAUCGUUCCUUGUAUUGACUGUGGUGUGCCGCAUCGCAUCGGUCCUUGUAUUGACUGUGGUGUGCCGCAUCGCAUCGUUCCUUGUAUUGACUGUGGUGUGCCGCAUCGCAUCGUUCCUUGUAUUGACUGUGGUGUGCCGCAUCGCAUCGUUCCUUGUAUUGACUGUGGUGUGCCGCAUCGCAUCGGUCCUUGUAUUGACUGUGGUGUGCCGCAUCGCAUCGUUCCUUGUAUUGACUGUGGUGUGCCGCAGCGCAUCGUUCCUUGUAUUGACUGUGGUGUGCCGCAUCGCAUCGUUCCUUGUGUUGACUGUGGUUGCCGCAUCGCAUCGUUCCUUGUAUUGACUGUGGUGUGCCGCAUCGCAUCGUUCCUUGUAUUGACUGUGGUGUGCCGCAUCGCAUCGUUCCUUGUAUUGACUGUGGUGUGCCGCAUCGCAUCGUUCCUUGUAUUGACUGUGGUGUGCCGCAUCGCUUCGGUCCUUGUAUUGACUGUGGUGUGCCGCAUCGCUUCGGUCCUUGUAUUGACUGUGGUGUGCCGCAUCGCUUCGGUCCUUGUAUUGACUGUGGUGUGCCGCAUCGCAUCGUUCCUUGUAUUGACUGUGGUGUGCCGCAUCGCAUCGUUCCUUGUAUUGACUGUGGUGUGCCGCAUCGCAUCUGUCCUUGUAUUGACUGUGGUGUGCCGCAUCGCAUCGUUCCUUGUAUUGACUGUGGUGUGCCGCAUCGCUUCGGUCCUUGUAUUGUAA